AUGGCGGGGGGUGCAGACACCACUGUCAAGAUAGAAACAGCCACGGCUCUAAACCAAGGAGUCGGCUAUGGCAUUGUCAUUGGGCUGGGAGCAUUGUUUGCCCUUGGCAUGAUCUUUGUCACCUUCAUCCUCAAACGCUACAACCGCGAGCUCCAGACAUCAGAAAUGUUCAACACGGCCGGUCGCACUGUCAAGUCCGGUCUCGUUGGUUCCGCCGUCGUCUCCUCCUGGACCUGGGCUGCCACCCUCCUCCAGUCCUCGGGUGUCUGCUAUCGAUAUGGCGUCUCGGGUCCUUUGUGGUACGCUUCCGGUGCCACCGUCCAAAUCCUCCUUUUUGCGACCCUCGCCAUCGAACUCAAACGCCGUGCUCCCAACGCGCAUACCUACCUCGAAGUCAUCCGCGCCCGCUUCGGCACCCUGCCACAUAUCGUUUUCAUGAUCUUCGGCUUGAUGACCAACAUUUUGGUUUCUCUGAUGUUGAUCGUCGGAGGCAGCGCCACUAUCAACGCCCUAACAGGGAUGCACACCAUCGCAGCCAUCUACCUCCUUCCCGUCGGCGUGGUGGCUUACACCUUGGUCGGCGGUCUCAAGGCCACCAUUCUCACCGAUUGGAUCCACACUUUCAUCCUCCUCCUCAUCAUCAUCGUCUUCGCCCUUUCCGCCUACGCCUCUUCCGAAGUCCUCGGCUCGCCCAGCGCAGUUUACGACCUCCUCGUCAAGGCAGCCGCCGCCCAUCCCGUCGACGGUAACCACGAGGGUUCCUAUCUUACCAUGCGCUCCCGCGAAGGCGCCAUCUUCUUUGUCAUCAACAUCGUCGGCAACUUUGGCACCGUCUUCCUUGACAACGGGUACUACAACAAGGCCAUCGCCGCCUCGCCCGUGCACGCUUUGCCCGGCUACAUCCUCGGCGGUCUCUGCUGGUUCGCCAUUCCGUGGCUUACCGCCACCACCAUGGGUUUGUCCGGCCUCGCUCUGGAGAGCAGCCCGCGCUUCCCUACCUACCCGAACCGCAUGCCCGAAGCCGAUGUCAGCGCUGGUCUGGUCCUCCCCUACGCGGCCGUCGCCCUGCUAGGAAAGGGUGGAGCGGCCGCCACGCUUCUGAUUGUCUUCAUGGCCGUUACUUCGGCCACCUCCUCGCAGCUCAUCGCCGUCUCGUCCAUCAUCGUCUACGACCUAUACAGGACAUACAUCAAGCCUGAAGCCUCCGGCAAGCGACUCAUCUACAUGUCGCACGUGGUCGUUUGCGCUUAUGCCCUCUUCAUUGCCAGCUUCUCUGUCGGACUGUGGUAUGCCGGUAUUUCCAUGGGUUAUCUGUACGUCAUGAUGGGCGUCAUCAUCUCUUCUGCCGUCCUGCCCGCCGCCUUGGUCUUGACCUGGUCCGGCCUGAACAAAUGGGCUGCUGCACUCUCACCUGUCCUAGGACUCUGUGUGGCGCUGGUGGCGUGGUUGGUCACGGCCAAGAAGGAGUGCGGCGAGAUGAGCGUUGCUUGCACGGGAAGUAACAUGCCAAUGUUGGCGGGGAAUGUUGCUGCGCUGUUGAGUCCGGUGGUGUUUGUGCCUGUGUUGACGUUGGUCUUUGGCAAGGCCAAGUAUGACUGGAAGAGCAUGAUGGCGAUUUCGAGGGGGGAUGAUCAUGACGUGGCGGGCGAGGCCGGGGUGGAUCUGGAGGAGGUUCCGGGGGGCAGAGAGGAAAGUGAGAGGGAGAUGAAGGAGGAGCAGAAAAAGUUGAGGAGGGCGAGUAAGAUCAGUAAGACCAUGACUGCUGUUUUGACCCUAGCCCUCCUGAUCCUCUGGCCCAUGCCCCUCUACGGCACCGGCUACAUCUUCUCCAAGCCCUUCUUUACUGGUUGGGUCGUCGUCGGCAUCAUCUGGAUCUUCUUGUCAUUUAUCGGUGUCGGUCUGUUCCCCAUCUACGAAGGGCGAGAGACGCUGGUCAGGACGUGCAAGUACAUUUGGUGGGAUAUCACGGGCAAAGGCGUCAAGGCCAUUCACGCUGAUCAGGCAAGACAUGCUGGGGAAGUGGUGGUCACCGAGGGGAAGACGCCGGGGGAUGAGACGCCAGAAGAGAAGAGUGUCAAGGGGGAGAAAGUUAGGGAGGGGAUUGACAGCAGCUGAGGGCCUGCGCCGAAUGAUGGUGAGUAUAGGGGGAACGAAGUGAAAGUGAUGCGGAAGAGGCAGUAUGGCGGGGGGGAAAUGUCAUCCGGUGAUGAGUAAUGCCCAUACCCAAGGUUUGUCCCAUGUUUGCAAAUUUGAUGAUGACAUGGGGAGGAUGAUGAUAGCUCAGACUUGUUUGGAGAUACCCUUCAUUUUAUUAAUGACAACGUGUAAUGAACAGUCAUUUCUCUUGCCCUGCUUGUGUUGCUUAGGUCAUCGAGGCCUAGACUAGUCGCUUCCUGAGCUUCUACGCAAGUC